AUGGGUGACAUCGAACGAAGACCGCCGAUCUUCAUGGGAUCCCUCUUCCUCGGCCAAUCCAGCGGCCAGUUUAAAGAUUACGACUACCGACCGGCACUUGGAUCGGCCACUCAACUUGGACUCUACACUGGAAUUGCCGGAACGAUCGUCGGUGCGAUCAAUCAUGGUGUCAUCUCUCCCUCUGAGGCUAAUCGGGGUUACAUUACGAACGUCGCGAAGUUUGGUGCCAUGGCUACUGCUGUCGGAUUUGCCUUUGGAGGGGUUAGUCAAUCCGUAGCGAGCAUCCGGGAGAAGAGUGAUCCUUGGAACGCCACAGCUGGUGGAUGUGCAUCCGGUUUCUUGCUAGGUCUCCGAGCUGGCCACUUGUCUACGGCUCUAGGGCAAUGUGCGAUAUGGGGUGCAGUGGCCGGUGGAGUUAACUACGCCGGUGACACAUUAAUCCCUGCUAAUCAUGGAAAAUCUAGAGAACAACAACAACAAGAGCGAGUCAAACUAUUGGGCAGUCAAAAAGAUCCUCUCCUCCUAAAUCGAUCAUGA